UCCUCCAAAGACACAAAGGUGCUGAGCAGUGUCACCCGUGUCAAAAUGUUCCAUGAAUAUUUCAGAGGGCUGAUGCUUCUUCUGAUGUCAACAGCAGCCGUAAAGCGCCUAUAAAGAGCGGGUGCCUGAACAGGACACCUCCAAACCCUCUGCAGACUUCGCACUUUUCUUGCCAACUGAAGAGAAGGACUCCUCCUGUUUGUGUGUCAGCACCAUGGUCAGCGCUCGGGCUCUUCUCCUCGCGGCCACCUGCUGCUGCGCCUACCUGUGGCUCGCUCGUGCAGAAGAGUCCUCACUGGAGACGCGCUCAUUGGAUUUCCCUUUGAAAACACAACAGGAGAAAGACCUGAUUGACGCGUUGCAAGAAGUUUUGGAGAAGCUGAGGAGCAAAGAGAUGCCCUUAGAGAAAAAGCUUGGCUGGUUGCCUUCGUGUGACGCUGGGGAGCCAUGCGCUGUGCGUAAAGGGGCGCGUAUCGGCACGCUGUGCAGCUGUCCCCGGGGGACUUCCUGUAACUUUUAUGUUCUUAAAUGUUUAUAA